UCCCAAAGCUCAGGCUGCAAAGGUUGCCAAAGCUGUGAAAGGCACUACCUUCAAGAGGAAAGGUAAGAAGAUCCGCACAAAGGUCACAUUCCACAGGCCCAGGACAUUGAAGAAGGAAAGAAACCCUAAAUAUCCUCGCAUCAGUGCUCCUCCUAGGAACAAGUUGGACCACUUCCAAAUUCUCAAGUAUCCAUUGACCACUGAGUCCGCCAUGAAAAAGAUUGAGGAUAACAACACAUUGGUCUUCAUUGUUGAUAUCCGGGCUGACAAAAAGAAGAUUAAGAAUGCUGUCAAUAAGAUGUAUGGGAUCAUGACUAAGAAAGUGAACACUCUAAUCAGGCCAGAUGGAACUAAGAAGGCAUAUGUUCGGUUGACUCCAGAUUCUGAUGCCCUGGAUGUUGCGAACAAGAUCGGGAUCAUCUGAGCAUAAUGUUAUGUUUUAUUGUCUAGAUACUAUAUUUACAAUUUUCAAUUACUACUGCUCAGAGAUUCUUGUGAUUGUGUUUAAGUAGAGUUUAAAUCAGUUCCUAAUUUUAUGAACUAUACACUAAUCUGAUAUAAAUCUCGAAUUCUAGUUUAAAAAAAAAAAA